AUGAAUUGUUCACCCAGUUCGGCCAAGCCUAUUCUGGGGGGCUCAGAGGCAAAAGUUCCAAACCCGUCACUAUGCAAGAACCUCACAAGAAAGAGCAACAGUUUGUUUACAAGGAGUAAUUCACCAGUACUCUUGUGUGGAAAGACCAAAACAGAAUUCUGUGGUAGAGAGGAAACAUCAACACCUUCUCAAUGUGGCAUGAGCACUAUUCUUUCAGUCAAGAGUGCCUAUUCAAUUAUGGGGCGAUUGGUGUUUGGUAGCCUUUGCUUUGCAUCUACACUCCCCUUUCAUAGAAACAAAUUCUAUCAUCGAGCCGAAGCCCAUGUCUUCCUUGGUUACCCUCUAAAUAUCAAAUGUAAUGAUAACUCGAUUGAACAUAACAAUUCAGCUGCCAUCGAACUAUCUCCCACUUCCUCCUGUGAUUUUAGUCAAAGUCCUUAUUGCAAUCAAUCUCCAUACUUUGUACUUAGAAAGACAACUAGGGCGAGUAAACCUCUAUCUUACCUUCGUGAAUUUCACUGUAAUCUCCUUGCAAAUCAGUCACCUCCUGAUAACAAAUUAGUUUGUCCUUUGUCUAAUUGUCUCUCAUAUAAGUCCUUUACUCAUCCACACAAAACUUUUCUUCUCAAGGUUUCUUCAAAUGUUAAACCACAGUUUUAUCACCAGGCAGUUGCAUCUGACCAUUGGAGGGAAGCAAUGGCAGUUGAAUUGAUAGCCAUGGAAUCAAACAACAAUUGGACCAUAACCAGAUUGCCCAAGGAAAAGCACUCAAUUGGCCGUAGAUGGGUAUAUAAGGUCAAAUAUGGACCUGAUGGAAGGAUAGACAGGUACAAAGCACAUUUGGUAGCCAAAGAUUAUACCCAGCAAGAAGAAGUGGAUUUUCUCAACGCUUUUUCCCCUGUUGCUAAAUUGGUUCAUGUCAAGAUAUUGCUUAUUGUUGCAGCUAUUAAUAAAUGGCAUCUAGUUCAAUUGUAUGUAAAUAAUGCUUUUUUGAAUGGGGAUCUUUUUGAAGAGAUUUGUAAGGAUCUCCCUUUGGGGUAUUCAAAUAUAUCUGUUGAUGUCAUCAAAGAGGGCAAACCAUUGCUAGAAGACACUGGGUUUCUAGCCUGCAAACUAGCUCUUUUGCUUAUGGAUCCUAAGAUUUGUUUAAAUUCAGUUGAUGGUGAUAUGUUGUCUAAUACGGAUGCUUCAUCCUAUCGAAGACUUUUCCUUAAGUCAGCUCCAAGCCAAGGUUUGUUCUUUUCAGCCUCUUCCUCACUACAAUUACGUGCAUUUGCUAUUGCGGACUGGGGUUUAUGUCCUGAUUCAAGAAAAUCUAUCAUAGGCCUAUGC